GCAGUACUUAAUCGCGGGGAGCCAGAAACCACCAAGUACCCAGGUACUCGGAUAUCGAUAAGAAAGAGCACAACAACAAGUCAAGCCAAGUGUCUGAUUUCGGACCCUGAAUGAGCACGGACCGUAUCAUCGCGUGAAAAUGCCCCGCCACGACCUCGCACGUAGCCGAGCGACACGGCGACAAAAAUCCUGACCGCAUUCUUCUUGUCAAGCGGGCUUUCACUUUCCCUUUCCUGUCUUUCUAAUAAAUUCGCUCACCCCAAACCGUCACCACCGCUGGACGAUUUGGCAACAGCAGAAAUCUCUCUCUACGCUUUCUUUGGUACACUACGUUUCUACCUUCCUUGUCAAUAGCAUUUUUGAUCCUCGACUGUUGCUUCCCACUAGCAGCACGCUCGUCUCUACCAACGAACCGACAUAAGCAACCCCUGCCUCCUCGAACUACUCUUGACGACCGACACGACCUGACGACUUGAACGAAAAUCUUCCGCUUCACUCGCUCAUAAUCGAAAUUAUUGCCUUUGGCAAGGCAUAGAGUGCCUCUUUUUGGAUCUGCAUCCAUCACUAUCAUUUCAAGGCUUCCUACAAACCCCUCGGUACUUUGACCAGGGAUCUAGAAUUGUGCCUGGUGUCUUUCGCUGUGUCUAUACGUUUCCUGUUUCAACUCGAAAUAUUGGACUAUCUGUCAACUUCCAGCCUUAUCAACCCAAGCUAGUCGGUCUCGAACUACAGAAUGGCUACCGAAGCCCCUCGCCAAUAUGUGCCCUUGACCUGCCACGGUCAUUCGCGACCAGUUCCCCACAUCAACUUCUCUUCUACUUUUGAGAGCGAGAACUACUUCAUGAUUUCGGCCUGCAAAGAUGGCAACCCCAUGCUGCGACAAGGCCAGACAGGAGACUGGAUCGGCACCUUCAUCGGCCACAAGGGUGCUGUUUGGCAGGCAAAGUUGAGCCCGGACAUGAGCAAUGCCGCCACCGCCUCGGCCGAUUUCAGCUGCAAAAUCUGGAACUCUCACACCGGCGAAGUUCUCUUCACUCUCAAACAUGAACAUAUUGUUCGUGCCAUCGCAUACCCCCCGAACACCUCCGACAUGGUAGCCACAGGUGGCUUCGAGAAAAAGCUGCGUUUGUGGGAUCUCCAGGCGGCGUCCAAGAAACUCGCCGAGACUACGGAGGAGGUUGCGGUCGAGUCCUCGGAGGCUCACGAGAUUGGUGCGGGCACUCACACCGACCCCAUCAAGGCCAUUGUCUGGGCUCCCGACCCAACCAAGAUCAUCACAGCCUCGGGAAAGACUCUUCGCUGGUUCGAUGUCCCGACUAAGAGUCUAGUCAAGACCCUUGUGCUUGAUGACGAGAUCAAGUCGUGCGAGUCCUCGCAGCUUGAUCCUCAAUUCGCUGAUUCCAGCGACAUCAAUGGUGGAUCUCCUGUGCUCGCUGUGGCGGCGGGGAAGACGGUUGUCUUCUUCGGCGGCCGUCAGAUGAACGAGGAGCUGAAGCGCAUCAAACUUACCCACGGCAUUGCGAGUGUGGCUCUGGACCUGAAGCAGAGGAAGUUUGCUGUGGGUGAAGAGCCCGGUACGUGGGUGCGCGUCUACAGCUACGAAGAUGAAAAGGAGAUUGACGUGCACAAGGGCCACCAUGGGCCGGUCUGGUCAAUCGCUUUCUCUCCUGACGGCAAGCUGUAUGCUACAGCCUCCGAAGACGGCACAAUCAAGUUGUGGAAAAAUUGUGAGGCGUUCUACGGUCUUUGGCGUGGCGGUGCCAAUGGAACCGAGAAGUCGUCAGACUAGAAAUCACGACGCUCUCUCGAUUCCGCGACAGUGGACAGCGGGGUUCAGUCGGACUAGUCCUCCUCGGCCCACGCUAAAGAGUCUACAAGAACAUCAAAUGAGUCUGGAGAUUCGGAUCUUCAGUCUCAGGAUCGUGUCCGCGCGAAUUCCCCGGGCUUCUGUGCGGAGAUUUCUGAAUCAUGCGAUGCUGUCAAGUUGGAAACCUGCGCUCUGGGCUCACCAACAAGCGGGAUUACUAUCAGCCACCAUUUGCAAACUCACCUGCAAAAUUGUCACAAACACACUCCAGCGCGCCGAUCAAAAGCGGGUGUUUGCUUGGAUGCGCGUUUGGUAGGGAACAGUGAAACUGGGUCGUGUAGCUCUGGCAGCUUGGGAUAUGUCACGUCGUCAUCUCUCACGGGCAGCCAGCACCUUGAAGCUAGCAACCGACCACGAGCACAAUCUGACCUGCCUUGUCCUCGCCGCGAUCUUAGCCCCGGCGCUCACAGAAAACUCAAGUUUCUUGCGGCACUUGGCCGCCGCGGACUCACAUUUAGCGAACCUCUUCCCCAACCCCAAACCCCUGCAACUGAUUGCGCCUUUUCUUGAUCAGUCAGUGCAUAGAACCUCACAAGAUAAAGGGAAAAUACACAGAUGAUGUACCAUACACAGCAUUGUCGAGACAGAUGGUGCACCUCUAGUCUACCGUCUGGAUACGCAGCAUACACCUUGCCGAAUUCAUGUUGAGUUGGCUUGACCCCCUACUCAAUAAUGUCAGUGUGGUCGCCGCACCCAUCCAGCUUGCUUUAUAAGAAUACACAGUUUUCCACUUCAAGUUACCGCAUAUAUUUUUGACUCACGUUGUCCGCACCUCUGUUCUUUUGGUUUUUGAUUGGUGCUAGAAUUUGUUCAACUUGAGCCAUAAAUCAACCUAGUUUUCGUUUUUUUUUUUAAAAAAAAACUCGCAUUUUUUAGCGCAAAAGAUAAAUCGCAACAAUCAGCGCGAGCUGAGCAUUUCGGAGUUGGUCUCCACGGCUUGGAUCUGGCUGAGGCUGUGUGGGCUGUGGUGUACUGAAACGCACAAGCAUAGACAGACGCACAUAGAAAGCUCCACAUAACGCAUUUGACUGGUUAAAGGGAUCUUCAGUGUUUCUGUCCUGUGUUGACUUUUUGCUAGACAGCCAAGACUACAAAAGCGCCGGAUGCCGACUUGCUCUUCAAAGGUCUUAGGGUUUUAAUGUUGAGGUGAUUUUUGUUUCCCAGGGGUCCGUAUAGCUAGUCAUUGUCUUUGCGGUCUUCAAACCAACCUAGGUAUCCUGCGAGGCACGGCGGUAGGAAAAGGUAAUCGUAAUGGAAGGAGGCAAAUAUACCAAUGCUCAUUGAAUCCUCCUCUCCGGAGAAUUGUAACGCUAAUCUCCGGCUUGCUCUUCACUUUUAAUCCCUACCACCUUGAAGACCUAUGGCAUUGUAUGUUCAGCUGCUCACUUAGCAUCCGUAUAAG